AUGGGCCGGCCAGAAAGACUCUCGCCAUGGCUGAUACUGAUCUGCGGUGUGUCGGGCGCGUGGGCAAAUAAAAAGCCGUUCAAUAUCAACGAUGAUAUCUUAGCCUAUCCCCAAUAUCAAGUGACUUUCCCCGAGGAAUAUGUGCUUGAAUCCCAUGCGGAAGCAUUACUCCACUCCCAGGCCAGUCCGGAGGUGUAUGACCAAAACAAUCCUCAGGUUUACAUGGGCACAGGGGAACCCGACUCCACCGACCGCCCCGAGGCAUUGAAUGGAUCUCCAUUCACCUAUGAAGAAAUGAUACUUGAGGAUCGGCGACUCCUCUGCCAGAUCCCACAUGUCACAGUCGACGAGCAUAAUGCUACGAAGGAUAAAGAAAACAGCAAGACCGAGGAGCAGAAGGAGCUAGCUCACGCAACAGAUCGAGGGUUAGAGCUCCUACGCGAGAUGGAAGGGAAAUGCAUGUACUAUUUCUCUGGCUGGUGGUCCUACUCCUUCUGUUAUCAGAAGCAGAUAAAGCAAUUCCAUGCACUCCCGGCGGGUCGUGGUAUCCCUCACUACCCGCCGAUUGAAGACACCGAUACGCAUUCCUUCAUCUUGGGAAGAUUUAUCGAGGACAAGGGCGAAGAAGCGAAACAAUCUACCAAAACAGAUGUCGCAGAGCUUCAUACAAAGGGUGGCUCACGGUACUUGGUCCAACACCUAGGUGGCGGGACCAAGUGCGAUCUGACGGGCCGUGAGCGCAAAGUUGAAGUGCAGUUCCACUGCCAUCCACAAUCAACAGAUCACAUCGGCUGGAUCAAGGAGCUCACCACGUGCUCUUACUUGAUGGUUAUCUACACCCCCCGUCUAUGUGACGAUGUCGCUUUCUUGCCACCACAGCAGGAUGAAAUACACAAUAUUGAGUGUCGUGAAAUCUUGAUGCCUGACGAAGUCACCGAAUGGGAGGCUAUCAAAGAGUGGUACAUGGCCAACCAACUGGCCCAUGCAGCUCCUGACACCGAGGCAGAUCACACCCAAUCGGAGCUUCCGAUCAUUGGUGGGAUUAAGGUCGGAGGGCGAGAACUUGUUGGCAUGGAAGGCAAGGUAAUUGAAAAAGGACGUGUGGCAUCUGCAGGUGAGGAGCGAGUGGAAGUGGUUGCGAAACGCGAAAAUGGCGAGAUCCAGAAAAUUUCUAAACAGGUUCUCAAAAAGUACGACCUAGACCCAGAGAAGAUCGAAGAGAUGAAGAAACUGCUGGAAGAGCAAGCAAAUGGCAAAGACUGGACACUGGAGGUUGUGGAAAGCAACGGCGUGAUCAAAUUCCAAGGCAUCCUUGAAGAAGAUGAGGGAGACUCCCGGAAAUCUCAGGAAGAACAGGCCCCUGACCCUUCCGCCGGCCAAGAUUCCAAAAAGCAGGAAACAGGGACGAUGGAAAAUCCCAAGUUGAAAGAAUCUUCAGGGAAGCCUCGAGGCAAUGAGGGGAGCGAGGAGACUUUUAAAGACGAACUAUGA